AAAUAAGUUGAAUACAAAAACUAUCAAUUGUCCUUUGCAACCACAAAUCGCCAAUGUAAAGGGCAAGCGAAUGUAUGUGUGAGUGAACACAGUAUACAAGUGAUGGUCGAUUAAAUUAAUUUAAUAUCGAUUGUUUAGUUUCUCAGCCACUCAUGAGCGAUUGUCAAUGUGAAAAAAUUUUAUACCUGAUUCUUUUCUACAUUCAUUUCUCCAUUUCAAAAAAUGACGACAAAUGUAUCCCAAGAUAUUCAAGAAGAAAAUGCGGCCGAGCUACAAUUUCCAAAAGAAUUUGAAAAUCCAUCAACAGAAACCUUGUUGAUAUCCGAAGUGAAUUUAUUAUUGCAACAUCGUAUCAAACAGAAUGAAAAUUCUGAAGAAGAACAGGAAUUCUCUGAUGUGUUCAACAAAACAGUAAAUUAUACAACUAGAUUUAGCCGUUUCAAUAACCGUGAAACGAUCGCCACUAUUCGUCAGAUUUUAGGACAGAAAAAACUACAUAAAUUUGAAAUGGCUCAAAUUGCUAACCUUGCUCCUGAAACGCCAGACGAAGCUAAAGGAUUAAUACCAAGCUUAGAGGGACGAUUUACCGAUGAUGAAUUGGCCCAAAUGUUAGAUGACAUACAAACUCAACGCAGCAUUCAGUAUUAAUUAAUUCAUGAACAAUUUUUUAUUUUGAUUGUAAUUCAAAUUUCAUUUUUUUUCAAU